AUGAACGCCAAAGAAAACCCUCAACCAAGAGCACUUGCUACCACUAUCUCCAGUAGUGAUGUUCUUGGGCUCAACUCCGAUUCCAAGCCUGAAAAUCCUGUCCUCGGUGGACAUACUGAUGCCGGGGUUAGAGGAAUCGAAGCGGCAGUUACUGUGUGGACGAAGACGCACAUGGUGAUAGCCUAUAUAAUUAUCUGGUUUGUUUACUUUGUCAUGACGUUGCAAGAAGUUAUUAUCCGAGCUCUCAACCCAUAUGUGACAAGUGCAUUCCGACUGCAUUCUCUAACGGCCGCCACUGUUAUCAUGUCCAACAUCAUCGCGGGAGUGAGCAAGAUUCCUUUGGCAAAAGUUCUAGAUACAUGGGGUCGACCACAGGGACUCACGGCGGCGGUCUUCGUCUGGGUUAUGGGGUUCAUCAUGAUGGCUCUGUGCAACAAUGUCCAAACCUACGCUGCGGCCCAGGUAUUUUAUAAUGUUGGAUUCCAGGCAGUGAGCUUCUGCCUUACGGUUUUUGUCUCGGAUACAUCUUCUCUUAAAAACCGAGGCUUGAUGUUGGCUUAUUCUUCGUCAUCUUAUAUCAUCACCAGCUGGGUUGGCGGUCCGAUUUCACAGAGCGUUCUCAAUGGGCCCGGUUGGCGUUGGGGGUUUGGUAUCUUUUGCAUUGCCAUCCCGGCAAUCGUUGCCCCACUGUGUGUUCUCUUCUUCUGGAACCACCACAAAGCGAGGAAGGCUGGUCUCCUGCCACCGAGUGGUGGGCCGUUGACACUGCAGCGGAUCAGGCAGUAUUGUUUUGACGUCGAUCUCCUGGGUAUUAUCUUGCUGGCAGGAGGCAUGGCUCUGUUCCUGCUGCCAUUUAGUCUUUAUUCUUACCAGGGGGACCAAUGGCGCUCUCCGAUGGUAAUUUGUAUGAUCAUUUUCGGUGGUCUUUUAAUUCUCGCAUUCGUUCUGUGGGAGAAGUUCCUCGCACCCAAGUCCUUCAUCCCCUACAACCUUCUCAUGGACCGAACUGUGCUUUUUGGUGGCUUGAUGAUCCUAUUUAACACGUUCAACAUGGCUAUCUGGGGUAGCUACUUCAGUUCCAUGCUUCAAGUCGUAUGGGACUUGAAUGUCACCGAGGCAAGCUACGUUGGAGCUAUCUACGCUGUGGGAUCCGGCAUCUGGACCCUGGCAGUCGGGUUCCUGAUCCGCUGGACGUAUCGUUUCAAGUGGCUUGCUGUCUAUUUCGCUUCCCCCCUCAUGAUCCUCGGCGUCGGGCUUAUGAUCCAUUUUCGUCGACCAGACGCCGAUAUCGGUUACAUAUGCAUGACCCAGAUUUUCAACGCCUUUGCCGGGGGCACGAUCGUCAUUUGUGGCGAGAUCGCCAUGAUGGCCCCCUCCGACCAUGAGCACCUCGCUGUCAUUCUCGCCUUAUGCAACCUUUUCUCCACCACGGGGACGGCCAUCGGUUCCACUGUCUCUGCUGCUAUCUGGACCGGUACCUUCUCCGUGGCGUUGGCCAAAUAUCUUCCGUCAGACGUGCAGGUCGCGAAGGUCUAUUCAGAUCUUACAGUCCAGCUUUCAUACCCCCGUGGGUCGGAGGCGCGAGACGGCAUCAGCCAGGCGUAUGGCGAAUCUCAACGAUAUAUGCUGAUUACCAGUGUUUGCAUGGCGGCUGUUUCUUGGGGUUGCGCUUGGAUGUGGCGGGAUCUGCGAUUGAAGGACUCGAAUCAGGUUGGCGGACGUGUUAUCUAG